UUUAAUGUAUACAUUAUUUCCAUGUGUAUCGUGUGCAAUGUAGAUCAGAUAAAUGUCAGAAAUGUUUUUAAGGGGCAAUAGUUGUCGCCUGGAAUUGAUUCAUUAAAAUAGUUUCAAACAAAACAAUGAAAUAAAUUUAGUUUCUGAUCAAUUUUGGAUGUAUAAUCUAAUCAACAUCGAAUACAACUGUAAAUAAUACACAAGCUAUCAUAACACAAAUCUGAAACAAAUUGUGUAGAUUUUAAAAUAGAUUAAAAAUAGAGUAUACAGUCCUCCUUUAAUCAAUUCAUCAAACAAUGUAUGUGAGUUCCCUUUCCAAUGGUACCUCAACUCCUGUUUACUCUGAUACUGAAGCCUGAUUUGUUCACGUUGGUGUACCUGCACGAACAAAUGCCGCUUCAACCCGCAAAAAGGGGAGGAGCCAACUACUAUAUAAGUUGGCUCAGAGCUCCAUUCGUCAGAAUUUUUUUCCUUCAGCGAAGAAGACAUCUCCUUGCAUGGACUCUGAAGCAAGAAGCCGAAGCAAGAAGAUGAAGCAAAGAAGCUCAGCCUGUUGCUCGCCGUAGAAGAGCACCUGGAAGUGGAAAAUUCAGUGACACCACUCCCAGCCAGCGAAUUGUCUUCCUGGGGACAGUGAUCAAUUCAGCCCAAAUGCGGGCAUGGAUCAUGCUGGAACGCUCUCUGAUGGUUCAGCGACUAGCACCAUCAUUCAAAUGCAGGACUUUGUGUCCCCUCAGAGAUUUUCAGGAGGAUGCUUGGUCUUAUGUCAGCCGUUUCCUCUGUGAUUUCUCUGGGCCUGCUUCUCAUGCAGCCCCUUCAAUUUAGGCUCAAAGGCCAUGUGCCAUCCCACGCUUGGCGCCUAGGGCAUAUUCCUCUCAGGCUAAACCACCACUGCAUCAAAGCUGUGGCCCCUUGGAGAAUUUCUCGCCUGUUUCAGUCAGGUGUCCCAUUGGGGCUGACCUCCAGGAGGAAGGUAGUCAUGACAAAUGCCUCCAACACAGGUUGGGGAGCACUGUACGAGGGCAGACCAGUGUUUGGCUCUUGGACACAUCUGGAGCAAAGCUUGCACAUCAACUGCCUUGAAAUUAUGGCUGUUUCUCUGGUCCUGAAAGCCUUCAUACAAACCUUAAAGGGGCAUCAAGUCCUGGUCCGCUCAGACAACAUGACGGUGGUAGCCUUCAUAAAUCACCAAGGUGGUCUCAGGUCAUGCGCUCUUUACAGGAUGGCGUGACACCUCCUUUUAUGUGCACAUCGCUUAGAGCAGUUCAUGUGCCGGGCAGAUUGAACCAAGGAGCGGACAUGCUGUCCAGGGGCAAUAGCAUCAGGUGAAUGGAGACUACAUCCCCAAUCGGUUCAAAUGAUCUGGUCUGUCUUCGGGAGGGGAGAGGUAGACCUCUUCGCCUCAGAAGGCAACUUUCACUGCCCAAUUUACUUUUCGAAGCAGUGAGAUGCCCUGGCCCACGACUGGGCCAGCGCUUGCUGUAUGACUUCCCCCCGGUUGCCCUGCUUCCUCAAGUCAUCAGACGGGUCAAGGAAGUCAGAUGCUCGAUCCUCCAGGUGGUCCCACUCUGGAGGAAUCAGACAUGGUUCCCUGAGUUGAUUCAGCUGCUAUGGGCAGCCCCCUGGCCGAUACCAUUGAGGAGAGACCUACUCGCAAGCAAGAGGAAUGAUUUGGCAUCCCCAGCCCGAACUGUGGAACCUUCAUGUUUGGCCACUCAACGGGAACCUUUACAGCUCUCCGCGAGUGUAACUAAUACCAUUUUGCAGGCUAGAGCAUGGUCUACAAGACGCCUCUAUGCCCUUAAAUGGUCAGUCUUUUCUGACUGGUGUGCAGCACGCAGUCUGGACCCGUCCUUUUGUGAAGUGCUACACAUGCUCACUAUUUUACAAGAGGCUGUUGGAUAAGGGGCGCACCCCUUCCACGCUCAAUGUGUAUGUGGCAGCUAUCAUGGUGAAUCAUGCUCCUGUGACUGGCCAGUCAGUCGACAAAAACGACCUUGUCAUUAAAUUUCUGAGGGGAGGGUUGAGGGGAGGGGAGGGUUGAACCCGCCUCGUCCUCAUUCUGUGCUGACCUGAGACUUAUCUAUAGUCGCAACGAGGCCCUCCCUUUGAGUUGCUUCAUUCGGCCAAUUUGCAGCACCUGUCGCUCAAGACCCCCCUCCUUUUUGUGUUAGCAUCAGUCAAGCGAGUAGGUGACUUGCAAGCACUGUCAGUCAGUGCUUCAUGCCUUGAGUUUGGGCCUAAUGACUGUAAAGUCGUCCUCAAACAAGGACACGGCUAUGUGCCUAAGGUGCUGUCAACCCCGUUCAGAGCACAGGUUAUUACCCUUCUAGUUCUUCCUAGUACAGAGAACAAGCAGGGCCCCAAUCCACUCUGCCCAGUUAGGGCUCUUAGAGUGUACGUUGUGCGCUCUGGCCCAUUUCAGCACUCAGAGCAGCAUUUUGUAUGCUUCGGAGGCUGCUCUAAAGGGCUGCCAGUUACGAAGCAACAAUGAUCUCAUUGGAUAGUCGAUGCUAUAGCCCUGGCUUAUGUGGGCCCACUCCACUCGAGGGAUGGCCUCCUCCUGGGCGUGGUCCAGUGGGAUCUAUAUUGAUGACAUCUGUGCGGCCGCCGGCUGGUCAUCGCCGUCAACCUUUACAAGGCGAGCAGAGCGACUUAGUUCUGCAUUUACUUAUAGGGUGGCGCUAUUGGAUGCAUUCCCCAUAAGCGUGUUCACGCAACGGGAGAGACCGUUUGAAAGGGAAUGCUCCGGUUACGUUAGUAACCGGAAUGUUUUUGUUUGUGUGUGUGUGCAUAGGACUGGUUGAUUCGGUAUGGGUAUUUACCAUCUCCAGAAUCUCUAACUAGUCGACUUCAGACCAGGGAGGGUAUUGAAGAAGCUGUCCGUAAAAUGCAGUGUUUUGCUGGUAUUGAAGAGACUGGCAAACUAGAUCAUGCCACUUUAGAACUGAUGGCCAGACCUCGUUGCUCUCUGCCGGACACCAUCAGCUCUGAGGAUCUGUUGAAAGAAAGGAGAAGAGGUAAAGGGAAGCUGAAGAGGAGAUACACUCUGCCAAGAUUGAGUUGGGACAAGGCUGACAUCACCUGGAGCGUGCAAGAGUUUCCCUCUCCUUCGAUGUCUCCCACUUUACAUCCAGGGCUGGUGAGGCUCAUUUUAACCUCUGCCCUCAGAGUAUGGAGUGAUGUCACACCUCUGCGUUUCCACCCUCCUCCAUAUGGCCCAUCACCACAGAUAGACAUCAAAAUCACCUUUGCAAGCAGCUACCAUGAGGAUGGAUAUCCUUUUGAUGGCAAGGGGGGCAAUCUGGCACAUGCAUUCUUCCCAGGAAAGGGAGAUCUUGCUGGUGACACACACUUUGAUGAUGGAGAGAGCUGGAGCUAUGGAGACUGGAGUAGUGCCACAGAUUUAUUCACAGUCGCAGUUCAUGAGUUUGGUCAUGCUUUAGGCUUGUUUCACUCAUCCUCCAAUGACUCCAUCAUGAAUCCUUAUUAUCAUGGUCCUGUCGGAGACAUGCACAGUUACUCCUUAUCCCUUGAUGACAGACUGAGAAUACAGGCACUUUAUGGAAAAAGACAAGAUUUUAAACCUUCUCCAUCUGUUGUUGCACCCACAACUCAUCUGUCCCACUCCUCGACCCCAGCUCCUCCAAAUCCUCCCUAUCACCCACCAGCCUCUGCUGAUCGCUGUCAGGGAGGUUAUGAUGCAGUUGCUAAUAUCAGAGGAGAGGUUUUAUUCUUUAGAGGUCCACACUUUUGGAGGGUACAUCAUUCAGGCUCAUUAAUAUCCUUGACUCCAGCUCUGAUCCACAGCUUCUGGAUGGGUUUGCCUCCAGAAACAGCCAGAGUUGAUGCAGUAUAUGAAAGAAGAGAUGGACAUAUUCUCUUCUUUAUUGGUAAUCAAUACUGGGUAUUUAGAGACACAGUGUCCCUCCCUGAGUACCCACGACCACUUUCAGAAUGGGGUUUACGCACUUCUGCAGGAGGGCUUCCAGAGAGGGUGGAGGCAGUAUUUGUGUGGCCACACAAUGGGAAAACGUAUCUGUUCAGUGGUGGAGAGUACUGGAGGUUUGAUGAGUCGAGAACAGAGAGGAAGCUGGAAGAAGGGUACCCUAAACCAGCGUCCAUCUGGGGGAUGCCCUCUCACCCUGAUGAUAUCAUUGGAUUUGUAGAUGGAGACACUUACUUCUUUAAAGAAUCAAACUACUGGAUUUUAAAAAGAGGUGGCCUGGACCAGGAAUCUGCUUCCCCAAAGUCCAUUGCUAUUGACUGGAUGAAAUGUGAAGGUCACAUUUCAACUCACACACCUGAGAUUCCCAGAAGAGACAAAGAUUGUACUUGUGUCCAGAGUACAGCAGCUAUGAUAUGUGUUUUGUCAUAUGUUAUAUAUCCAGUUAUCACAGGUUGGAUUUUGGUUCUUGUAUUUUACUGAUUCGAUUUAUAUUAUUUGUGUAGUAUUUACGGUGAUUUUUUUAAUGUUGUGAUUUUGACUGUGAAGUUAGGGAAAAUGUACUUGAUUUUUACCUAGCAACAAAUUUCUGCCAUCAUUUGGGAUAGGAAAGUGUCCACUGGUUGCACACUUUAGAAUCUCAGCAGAUGUGUAAUCUCGGGAUUGUUUGCCUGUUUCUUGAAUACUGUGUAUUCGGACCUCUUACUCAUGUGACAUACUGCUUUCUACAAACUAUAUAUGGUAUACAUUAUAGUACAUACUACAUAAAUGGGCAGUGUUUAGAAGUACACUAGUAGAUGCUCUCAAAGCUAAAACACAUUGACUAAAAGACACAAGACAAUACUUUAAUCAAUAUUUGAAUUGAUUAAAAAAAAAAUCCAAACAACGACGUCAUGUAAUUAUUCUUUCAGUAUUAUACUAGAAUUUAUUACAUAAUGUAAAAUAAAUCGCAAUAUGUGAGGCUUAUUCUCUCUUUUUUUAUUUUUGUCAAGUUUACAUCCAAAGUGAAUUCAGUCAGAUGCAAGCUGUAUGACCCCC